AUGACAGAAACAGAAACAAAUAAAAAUAUAACUCUCUUUUUAUAUUACCCUAUUCCUAUUCUUCUAUCUUAUGUGAUUAACUUGUUCAAGAAAAAUAUUGAACCUCUUUUCGAUCUAACUACCAUCACUGCUACACAAUCUGAGUCUGUUUCUGUUUCUGGUUUGGCUCUUGUUACGGCCAUCACUGAUAAGGCUCCGGUUCCGAAUGUUGUUGAAUCUACGAUGGUGAAUUCGAAGCGAAAUCUGUUGCGGACGCGGAUUGAAUUUCUCUCUGGAGAUGUUGAUGGUUUGAUGUCGUGCACUGAGAGUCUGGGAUUUGAAAGCUCUGAUGAGAGGAGAGAUCGUGAUAGAAUGGAUGUGAAGGUGAAUGGUGAUGAGAAUGAUGAGAUUUGGAGGAGGAAGAUUGCUAUGAAAAGAGGUGAAAGUAGAGGAAAUUGGAUGAGGUCGCUUCCGCCGCCGAUUCCGUCGUUGAAUCGGAAUGGUAAACCUAGUUUUUAUCUCAGGCCGGUGAGGAAAGACGGGAGGUUGGAGUUAACGGAAGUUAGAAUACAUCGACCGGAUAUUCUUCACGCUUCACGGCGUGAUGGACGGUUGACAUUGCAUCUAAUACCAGAUCGAGAAAGUGACGAUGAAGAAGAGGAAGAAAGUGAAGAAGAAGAAGAAGAAGUUGAAGAAAAUGAAGAAAAUGAAGAACUUGAGAAGGAGGAGGAGGAAGAAAAUGUGGAAGUUUCUAUGGUAGUGGGAAAUAGUAAUGAAGGGUUAAGGAGAUGUCAUGAAAUGGUGAAUCAACAACAUCUUCUUGUUCAUGGGAACCGAAUUCGAAUGUGUGUGUGA